AUGCCAUUGGACUUGCCGAUGUAUCCAAAUGAAGAGGCUCCAGAUCCCUCACACUUCUAUUACCAGCUUGAGGAUUUAAGAGUUUCAAUUAUUGGAAAUGAAGAUUUAAAGUUAAAGUUAGCGGGCGAUACAAGUUUCAUGGAAGAUCUUGUUACAAGAUUCCAUAAAGACCUAGAGAGACUUGAAAAGUAUGAUCAGUUAAAUGGCGAACCGCAACAUGAGCUUUUAGUUUCCUUAGAGAAAGAGGUAAUUAUCUUGAAGAUACUUUGUUCGUUCGUGACGGAAAUGAAUUCAGUUCAGCAUCCCAAUGUUGCGAAUUGCAUUGAUUGCUUCGAAGAGUUGAUGGGGCCAAUAGUGAGAUUGCUCAACUACUUCAUUGUGAAAGUGAUACCAAAAAUAUAUGAUGGUACAUCUGAAGGUAAUAAUAAUGAAAAAAUAGAGAAUUCAGUUCAGUACUGUUUAGAUAUCUUGAAUUCGUUAUUCAGCGCAAUAGGAGAUUCUCGAAGAUUUGCUCCAGAAAAGUUUAAAAAAUUAUGGAGAUUAAUAAUCUCUCUAGUGAUUAUAAAUGAUGAUUCGCAGGCGUUUUAUUCAAUCCUAGUGAAGUUGCUUGAGCUUGUUCCAUUAUUAUUGGAGAACUCUAACCUAGAUGACACAUUGGUUGUAACUUUAUUAUCUACCCUUUUGAAACGACUUUCUAGUGAAUGCUCCAUAAUAUGCGAAACUCAUUUUCCUGAAGCUAUGCAAUCUCAAGAUGCUCUAUUUAAAGCUGCCUUUCAGGAGUCCAGUUUACCCAAUGUUGAGCCAAUAAAGUCUAUCAUGAAGACGAAAGUUAAUAUGCCAUUUCUUCUUAGUCUCAUAACUUGUGUGGCGCAAAUUUUUAGCUUUUUGAAGUAUCACGACUAUGAUAUUUUAAUGAGCUCUUCCAUCGGGUUACCUUUGAAGGGAAACUCGCUGGUUAUGUUACCGGUCAACAUAUACAUAUCUUUAUUGUUACUAUUAAAGUGCGAAAGUAAAAUGCUUCGCCUUGUUACUUUAAACUUGUUGGGCUUCUACUUGAAUAAUUUGAAGGUAUCAAGGGAAGUAGAUGGAUUUAAUGAAGAAGUGAUUUUUAGGAAUUUCAAGAAAUUAUUUCCAAGGAUAAUUGAGCUUUUAGAUCUGGAGGAAAAUAGCAUGAGUUUCGAAUUACCGGCUUUCUUAUUAUCACCCACACAAAUUUUGGCUAAUUUGUGCACCCGAUAUCCUUUAUUAAAUGACGAUAUACGGAGGGCAAACCUUGAUAUUCGAAUCCUAAAAGCUUUAGAACUGUCUUUUAAGUCAAAUCAGACAAUAAAAGUGAUAAGGUCACUCAGAAAAGACACAGAAAAUUGCAAUAAGCUUGCUGACUUUUCAGCUGUGUUGACAUCCAGGAAAGAUAGUCAAGAUAUUUCAGAUUUACUAUUGUUACUAAGCGUCUACACAAGCUAUAACGAAGAUUACCGACACAGGGUUACUGAUUCAAUGGAUCCAAAAACUACAAGCAAUUUGGCCCUAGAACAAAUCAUAUUUGAAAUUAUUGAUGAUUACAGUUUUCUAAUGGAUCAGAUGCUAGCUAUGUACAAAUCUUUACGUUUACAUCUAAAAAGUUCGAGACUUUCUGAAAGUCAGAUUACAUGGUUCAACAAAAACUUGGGAAUCGUCAUGGCCCUAAUUAAUAGUUCGCUUUUUACGAACUGCUUAUACCUAAUUCGAUCAGUAUCCAGAUCGGUCUCCACUUUAAGAACAUUCUUUGUCGAAUGCAAUUCUCUUGUUGCCGACCCCUUAGGAGUUGAAAGCCCUAGGCCUAGCAAGGGUCUCUCUGGUGCUUUUAUUCGGAACUUCUUGUAUAUCUUGAAAAACUCCGAAGUAACCAUUAAAAUUUUUGAUUUUUUUUAUAAACUCAGCUCCUCGAGUCACCGGCUUAAAAAAUCACAAAUCACAAAUAUGUCACUAACCCUAGGAAUUAUCGCUAAUUUUAUUUUAGCCUUCAGCUCCUUCAGAUACGAAAUAAUUAACGAUGGAGAGUUUUUAAAGGAUUUGUCUCAAAUCUAUCAAAGGUUUGCUAAUGUUGAAGACACUUCGCCCUUAUCAGAUGAAUCAGACUUGUAUCGAAGAAACAUAAUUCGGUUAAAUAUUUUGCAUGUCUUGAAAAAUUUUAUAUUCAAUGAAAAUAUAGAAACGAAGAAGGAGAUUAAUGAAGCAGUUCCUCUUUCGUUACUUUUCGAAAGAGCAAGUUAUCCAUUAUGUGGUUACACAGAUGAGCUGAUACAAAUUAAAAGUUUGAAAAUGCAACAAAAAAUCGUCGCUUUCGACAUCUUUAGAAAUUAUACUGCAGGAUCAUCUAAAUUCAACAAGAUAAUAGUGGACCAUUAUGAAAAUGUGUUCUCUGAAGGACACACUAUUCCAAGUUCAUGGGAAGACUUUUUGAUUGCAAAUAUUAAGAACCUUACGCCGUUUAGCUCAAGUGAUACGAAUGUUAACUUCGAAGAUAAUGAUGAUCUAUUGAACUUGAUCCUUGAUGAUAACUAUGUCAAUAUGGUAACUUCUAUCAAUUACAUUGAAAAUCACAAGUACACUAACAUUGACUUAUUGAACAAAAAAUAUUUCCCACAAAAGGAAUUGUUGUUGAUUUGGUUAAGAUUUUUAAAGCUAAAGGUAUCCAGUGAAUUUGAGGGAAAAUUACGCCUAGACUCUAAAGUUUCGUUGAAUAAUAACUUGAAUGAGAUCAAGACGUCGAUCAUUUGGGUUUUAAUUAAUUUGACACAUCAGAAUGAUACCCUUGAAUAUCAAGGAUCCGAAGGAAAUCACUACAAUUUGUUUGACACUGUUGAUGACACAUCUAGAAACUCUGGUAAGAUUGAUAUUGAUGAUUCUGAUGAAUCAGACUCAAAUAGUACUGAAAAUUAUCUAUUCAAAAGUAAUAAAGAUUCGCUUACUGUCGCAGAAAGAGCACUAUACUUGAGAAAAUUGGGUUUUUUGAGCGUUAUUACUGGUCUCAUUGAUAAUAUUUCUAGGGGAAGCUACGUAGUGUCGCAUUCAAAGACUUCAAAAAGAUUUGAUCUAGAAAAUAGCUACGAUCUAUUGGAAAAAGCGAAAACUGCAAGCUUUCAACUAUCCGGCUCCAGAAGACGGCAUACUACAGGAGGUGAUAACAAUAGGCCAUCUCUUCGUACUGCUGCACGCAGGGUGUUCGGUCUCGGACGCCCAGAUGUAAACAGAGGGGGUGAGGGAUACGGCUAUGGCUCGGACGACGACUAUGCCAAUGCUAACCAAUCAUUGCAAUCCAUGCCGGUCCGUCCGCAAGACUACAAUGUCGACGACCAUGAAGAUGAAGAAGUCGACGAUGACGAAGCCGACGACGACGACUACUGGAUUCACUAG